AUGAAGUCCUGGGCCUUCCUGGUGCUCGCUGCCUCUGUUUCCGCCAUCCCCUUGGAUAUCCCCGCUGGCCGACUCCACAAACGCGCCCCGGCAAGACAACACAUCGGAUACCGCGUCGUGUCAAAGGUCCGUCCACCCACCCCAUAUCCCCUCCGUAGUCCACCUGCAACCAACUAUCCCAUCCAGAACGAAGCCGACGCCAUCCACGCAAACGGCGGCAAAGCCGUGCAGUCCGUCGGCUCGAUGGGCCGCCAGCUCGGCCCGGGCACCUACAUCUCGCCCAGGUUCCAAGGCUUCCCCGAGUAUGACCCUAGCAAGGGCAUACCCUGGGACUGCGUCGUCACCGUCGACGCGGACGUGUGGGACGGCUGGAAGAAGGCCUGGGUGCCCCGGCUGUUCGAGUUCCCCGAGGACCGCGAGAACAAUCCGGACAAGUGCAAGCCGCUGAUCCUGUGGACGCCGCGAUGGAGAGCGAACCGCGCGCGCUUCCUCACGUUCCUGGACGAGGGUUUAACGCCCGAUAACACCGUGCUCUUCUCGAAGAUGGCGGGCCAUGAGGAAAAAACCCAGCCGUUGAUUCCGCCGCCUAUCAUCGACACCGGCGAGGUGUAUCUCGCGCAGUGUGCCGAGCGGGAGACGGAGGCCAAUACGCAGAUUGGCGAGAUGGGGACUGUGGAUUGGGGUGUGGAAAAUAUGCCGGGCUGGGGGCUGGGGUCGGAUGCGGCGUAG